AUGACUGAAAGCUCAACUUGCCAGCUGAAGGGACUCCUGGCUGAGCCCCAGCACCCUCUGUUGGAGCUUCUAGUCAGCCUGGCCAAUAAGCAUUUCCCAUCCAUUGCCCCAGCUUUAGCACAGCUGAGAGAAUUUGGUCCAGAAUCAAGUGCUUCUGAAAAUGUACACACAGAUCAGGACAGCCCUCUGCCUUCUGCCAAGGCACCCAAGUGCCCUUCUUGGCAAAAGAUGAUCACCCCUGCCCUAGUGUCCCUCCAGUUGGCAGAAACUGCUCCCUGUCUCAGCAACAGCUGCAAGUCUGGGGCCUUCCACACUGUGUGCAAGAAGAGUUGA